AUGCUUAUAGGUUGUCGUAUACAUCUGGCCUCAGCCAGACGCCGGAUGAUGAAGAACUUUUUAGAACUUCCGGUUCCGUUCCAGCUGCUCAGUAACAUCUAUCCUCAUAAUGGACAUCUGCAGGACAUCAAGUACAGAGCACCAUGGAGUAACAAAAUCUCCACCUGUAAGCUACAUGUGACUGGAUCUGUAAUGGAAGACUUAAUGGAAAACACACGUUUUGGUGACAGUUUGGAAAGAUUCGAUGUGUUCCAGGUGCAGACAGGAAGUGGACUAGAGGAAGUGGUACCCAGCUCUAACCCCGCCUCUCAGUGCAGUAUUGGCGAUACAGAAGCGCUCUGGCAUAUAGAUAAAGUUGAGAGCAGUGAAAACAGAUCAACAUGGGAUGAAAGUUUUAGUCCAUGCACGCCAGAUGCCUUCUGCUUCAGUUGUAAUGAUCUCACUCUGCCAGAGGACGUGAUAUUCGCUGACCAUCUGAGGUUCAAAAGCCACCUGCCUUCAAUUCACACAAUGCUGCAGAGGCUAAAGGUCAUGACUGUGUCAGAUCCUUUGCUCCAUUUACCAGUAAUGCCUUCAGAAGAUCUCAUUUUUAGACAUUGUGCCUCGUACACUGAAGUUUUAGACAAAGUUCCUGAUACCGCAGUGACUGGAGAAGUUACAGAGGUGUUUAUCAAAGAGAGAGUACUGAACGAGGAGUCACUAAUGUUACCUGUAGAAGUCCUUAUGGAAUCUGUACAGAGAAAAGAGGUCAGUUUUUCAGUCGCAAAGCUGCAAGACAUGCUAAAUCUAAUUCCAGAACCAGUGGAAGAGACUGACCUUCAAAUGGAAGUUGAUAAACACAAGACUGGAGUGGAGGCUCUGCAAAUUAAAGAAAGCAGCUGUACUUAUGAUUCCUUUAAAGAGCCAAACUCUCCAGUUGCUUUGAGGGUGUACACUGAAAUGGAAUUGGAUCUGGUUCUUUCACCGUGUAAUGAUACGCUACCAGACCGGUUUCUGUCCGCCGAGCAGCUAUCAGCUGAACAGCUGUCACCAGUUUAUAAGCAGCAUUUGUUGUCAGACAGUGAAUGUGAAAAUAUGGAAAAAGCUGUUUGGAUGGCAGAGAAACAUCACGAGUGUGUGGCUGGAUUUUUACUUGCUGAACCGCAGACGGUUAGGCCUUCGAUUCACUAUCACACACUCCCUGAUCUUCUCAUGCUCUUGACGGUGAAGAGGGAACAUGUCGAAUCCAACGAGAACAUGGGCCAGUUUUACCUCACUGACAUCACAGCGGUACUUCCAGAGCCGAGCUUUACAGAUCUCUCUGUUUAUACCGAAAACAACCACGCAGCCAAGAUUGAGGCACUUAAGAAUGAAACAUUCUCUCCAUUGUCCAUCAUGCAAAUAGAUGAGAUGCUGUUUGCUGUACAUACAGCCCUGCCACGUCCAGACGGUUCCACCACAGUCCAGCCGAACCAUCCACAGACAGCAGAAACUGUACAGGUAGAUGCAGAGAAGACUCUGAAGCCCUUUAGAACGGAGCACAUAUCUUGCCACGCAGAAACCACCAAAGAAACCGACUGUAACACAGCACAAGUAAAGCAGCAGAUGUCUAAUCCAACCUCCUUUAAACCCACAAAACCAGAAAGAUGCUCUGAGAUUCAGAGAAAUUGCUCUGUAACCACGUGUACUUCAGGAGAGCCACUCGACAUUUCUGAAAUGCUUGAGAUGUUUAAAUCAUCUCCAUUGAGGCAUAAACAUACUGAAGUGAUAUCAACUGUGACCAAACCUCCCGAGCAAAGAAGAGAAGGAACUACCUGUAAAUCAGUAGACCGUUCGAAAGACAGACAUGUUAAUAGUUCAGCUGCCAAAUCUCACCAGAGCCUGGACCCUUUUUCUUCUUUUAUUUGGCUAAGAACUUUGCAGAAAAGUCCAAUCCCAACACCUCAAAAGAGCAGUCCAACAUCUACAGAGAUGAAUGUGAGUCGGAGUCCUAGAGGAAAGGCUUUGCCCGUCCUGAGAGUGAAUGCAGCAGAUAAAGUCUUGGAUACAAAAAACAAUGUUACAGCCACAGAGACAAGAUUACCCAGUGAAGAGAGACCCAUCAGCAGGACCAUACACGUCCAAGCCACAGAAACUCAGAGAAACGCGUACAGGGAGUUGAAAAUGUUGGGUCUGCCAUGUCUAAACAAAGCGCACGAGUCUGGCGUAUCCGGUUUGAACAACAGAGAUUUUGAUACUCUCUCACCUGAACUCACGCGGUUCCUUCUGAAGCAACAAGAGAGAACGCUUCAGACACAACAGGGUGGGGACUGUGUGCUUGAUGACAUCACGCUGCUGCAUACUCUUGUCUCACUGAAGGAACUUCUGCUUAAAAGUGACCUUCACGCGGCCAUUGAUUACCUGGCUCGAGUAAAGACCUCCUGUGCUCUGAACUGUCUGGAUGAGCUGAUGAAGAAGUUUGAGGUGUUGCUGUAUCUCAGUCAGAAGAGACCAGAGCCUGACCCGAAACUGCUGGAGCUCCAGGAUCAAAUUAGCACAUGGAUAAACUCUCAUCAUGACCACAACACCAAAGCUCUAGUUUUGACGUUGAACACUGGAACCACAAAAGUGUUCGCAGCUCUCAGCCAGGUAUUAGGUGACUCUGUGUAUGUCCUGGUUCCUAAAGAAGGAAACUGUAAAGUUACGAGCAGAGAAGUGAUGGAAAGUCUUUCCAUGAGCAGGUGUUUUGUGUUGUGCCGUCAGAAUAUUGGUCCUGAUUUCCCAUGGCAGUGUUUCAUCCUGGUGUUUGAGAUUCACUGUGUGGAUCACUCACCUUUCAGCAGUGUGUGUUCAGAGAGAAAAAUCACAUACAUCUCUUUCAGCACGGCUGUGCCUGAGUUUAAAGACGGCAACACUGCGUCAUAUCUGGACUCAAUUCCAUUUGUGCUGUUUGUCACUGAUGGUUUACUGAAACGCUCGAGGAUUCAGCGUGCUCUGGAGACGACGUAUGAUAUGACCCUGCUGGAGAGGAAACACCCUCCUUGUGCACAGAAGCUGGGUGGAGCCGAUUAUGAUGUCAUCACUGUGGAUGAGAACACUGCCGUGCUAAUCCAGGAAGUGAGCGAGCUGGAGAUGGAAAAAGCAUCUUAUCGUGUGGUCAUGAGACUGUCCGCUUUGUCUCUGCAGUUCACGCGCUGCUGGCUCAUCCUUCACUGCGAUGAGAGUCACAGAGCACUGAUUUCCAGCAGCGUCUAUUUAAAUCUUGUUCAUAUCUACUCAUCAUUUGUGCUGUUCGGACACAAGUCUAAGAAAUUUGAUGUCAAGGUGUUACUAGUGUGUGAGGAAGAAGAAAUAGCUAGAUACAUCUAUCAGAUCUGUCUGCAUACGCUGAUGAGUUCAGACAGAGAUGCUCUCAGCUGGUUGGAUAGAGACUGGCUCAGUGUGCAGCCCACAGAGGCUGAGCAUUGCCUGCUGCAGUUUCCCUGUAUCAAUCCUCUGGUAGCUCAGCUGAUGUUGACGAGAGCUCCGUCCCUCCAGUGGCUCCUGCGAGCUUCUCUUGUUGAGCUACAAGAAAUGUUAUCACAAGUUCCUCACAAAGUCAUAAAGAUCUUCAGUGACAUAACAGCUAAGCACAAUAUGAAGAUGGCUGCAUCAGAGUGUGAAAAUAAAGCUUCCUUGCAGACAAACAUCUUCGAUCAUCAUCAUCCACAGACAGAUGCCUGUCACUCACAACAGCCUGUAUACUUCACAGAGUCUCUGUCUGGGCAGCAGGAGGAUAAAAUGCCUGUCAGCCGGUUUGGCGAUCUGAUUGGUCAGUGUCUGUGUAGACAGGAGGAUCACAUUUCAGAUCAAGCUCAGGCUUCAACAAACUCACACACACAGUUAAAGAUGGGUCUGUUCAGCCAGGACUCAGCUUCACUGAAUGUCUGGCAGACACAGGAUGAAAGAUGCAUUCAUUCGAACCCAGAUCUAGUGCCAAAACAAGCUGCUGUCCUCUCAAGCCCUCAGGUGCCGGACUCCAGGAACAGCGUAUUUGAAGUGAGCUGUAGACGGCAGAGUCAGACUCACUGGAGAUCACCUGAGAACAUCACUGAUCAGAAGACAGCAGAAAGAAAGAGACCGAGGACUGAAGAUGUGCACACUGUGUUCCCACAUCAUAAGAGAGGAAAACUGCUUUGUGAGAAAGUUCCAGGCAGAAACGACGGACAGACCAGACUGAGGUUUUUCUGACAGUUUUAUUUUUAAUCUCACACUAAUUUGAUCAGUUUCGUAAUUUUUUUGUGUUCAGAAAACAUAAAUGAAUUUAUUAUUAUACACACACACACACACACACACACACACACACAUAUAAACAUGCUGUUCAUUUAUGUUUUCUAAUACUUAUGGUUAUAUAAAAUAUUUAAAGUUAUAUAAUUUAAUAUUUAUAG